AUGUCGUUCCGGGAGGCGUUGGGGUGGGGGGCGGCGGCCGCCAUGGCCGCGGCGAGCGGCGGCGGUGAUGGGCCCGGGGGAGCCGGGGCGGGCAGGGCCCUGCAGACCGCCAUGAGGGCGGCGAGCGGAGCCCUGGAGAUGGACAGCGCCGGGCGGCAGCGGGAGGCUUACGUGGAGUACCUGAAGAGCAUCGCCUUCAUCGCCCAGGCCCUGCAGGAUGAGGCAGCAGCGACAGGGACAGAGAGCACCCAGGGGGUCACCCCUGACACCCCGAAGAUGCUGAAGCUAGCAGAGCAGUGCUUGGAGAGAGUCAAAUCCAUCGCAGCAGCACUAGGGAAAGCCCAGGCCAAACCGUCUGUGCCAGAGCGGAGCGGGGGCCCUGCUCCCCUUGCCAGGCACCGCCGGGUCUUCUCGGACGAGGGGGGGAAGCUCUCUCCCUUCCUGCCCCCGGAGAUCUUCCAGAAGCUGCAGAUCGCCGAGGCACAGAGCGCACGGAAGGAGCUGACACCACUGGAGGAGGCCUCUCUGCAGAACCAGAAGCUGAAGGCUGCCUAUGAGGCGCGGGUGGCACGGCUGAAUCCUAGCCAGGCCCUGCAGAAGACUUCCCUGACGCUGUCACUGCAGCGGCAGAUGAUGGAGAACCUGGUGAUCGCUAAGGCCCGGGAAGAGACUCUGCAGAGGAAGAUGGAGGAGCGGCGGCUGCGGCUGCAGGAGGCUGCCAACAGGAGGUUCUCCAGCAGUGUGGUACUCACCCCUGAGGAGCAGGAGCAGAGGGCCCUCUAUGCUGCCAUCCUUGAGUAUGAGCAGGACCAUGACUGGCCAAGGCAGUGGAAGGCCAGGCUGAAGCAGAGUCCUGCAGACCUCUCCGUGGUGUCAGGGCUCUUCUCCUGCCUCCUCAGCUUCCCUGAGCACCCCAUCACCCAGCUCCUGCGGCAGCUCCAGUGCUCAGUGUAUGCCCGGCUGUACCCAGCCAUCAGCCGGGGCACCCCUGAUGCCACCCCUGCCUCCCCCACCGGCCUCUCCUUCCUCUCACUGGACGCUGGGGGCUCAUUGCCCACUGAGCCGGGGGGCUGCCGGCUCCGAGCCUCCCGCAGCCUCCACUGCAUGUUCUCAGUGCCCGAGCACGGCCCAGCUGCACUGCGGCACAGCCUGUCCAGCACACCUCUCGCUGGUGCCGGCCCUAGCGCUCCAAAAGCAGAGGGCAGCUGCCCGGCACCAGUGGUGGCAGCCCCCCAGACCCCCCGGGAAAGCUCCUUUGAGGACCUGGAGCGAUUCCUGGCAUCACCCGAGGGGUGGGCGCCUGGAGAGCCUGUGCCUGGCCCUGGUCUGGAGAUGGCAUUGCCAGAGCUGCUGAAGGGCAUCGUGAGGGACAUCCACAAUGCCAUUGACAGGCUGCUGGCCCUGACGCUUCUGGCCUUUGAGGGGCUCAACACUGCUGCAGGCAAGGACCAGUGCCUGGCCUGCCUGGAGGAGGCCUUCUUUCCCCUACUCUGGACCCCGCUGCUGGCCCUCUACAGGAGCGUGCAGCGGCCCCGCGAAGUGGCCCUGGCUCGGAGCAUGGAGCGGCACCAACAGGCUGGGCCAGCUGACAUGGGGCUGUCCCUGCGCCUCUGCCCCACCGCCCCUGGCUGUGCUGCAUACGGCUCAGCCGUACAGGACCUGCGCCUCAUCCCGCUGGAGACCUGUCCCCGCAGGAAGCUCGACUGCAUCGUGCGAGCCUUGCGCGGAAUCUGCGAGUGUGCUGAGGAGUACUGCGGCAGCCGGGACAGCCGGGCCCCUGCCUCAGCCGCCAUUGGGGCGGACGACCUGCUGCCCAUCCUGUCCUACGUGGUGCUGCAGACAGGGCUGCCCCAGCUGCUGUCCGAGUGUGCUGCCCUGGAGGAGUUCAUCCAUGAGGGGUACCUGAUUGGGGAGGAGGGGUACUGCCUGACGUCCCUGCAGAGCGCCCUGGCCUACGUGGAGUCCCUGCAGUGA